UAGAGAGAGAAAAUUAGAGAGAGAGAAUGGAGGAACAAGUUUUGCUCCAUGGAGAUCUUCAUGCAACUAUCUAUGAGAUCGACAAUCUUCAUCUUGGAUUUCUUUCCAACCUUUAUCAUAAGGUAGAAGAAGCCGGACAUUUCAACAAGCACGCUUCGCGCCUCUACGCCACCAUCGACUUAGAGAAAACUCGAGUCGGCCGCACACGACUACUACACGAACACGACUCGAACCCUCAGUGGAACGAAUCCUUCCACAUCUACUGCGCCCACUCCGCCUCCAAACUCGUCUUCAACAUCAAGCUCGACAAUCCAAUCGGCACCAAACUCGUCGGAACAGCCGAGCUCCCCGUCGCCGACCUCAUCCCCGGCGAUCGAGUCGAGACGUGGCUCGACAUCCUCAACCGCCGCCGCCAGCCGAUCCACGGCGGCUCCAGGCUCCGCGUCCGCCUCCACUUCUACGACGUCGCGCGCGAGCGCUGCUGGUCGCGCGGCCUCAAGAGCCGCAACUUCCCCGGCGUUCCGUACACCUUCUUCCCGCAGAGGAAGGGAUGCAGAGUCACUCUGUACCAGGACGCGCACGUCGCCGACGGAUUCCUCCCUCAGAUCCGCCUCGCCGGCGGGAGAAUUUACAAUCCGCGGCGGUGCUGGGAGGAUGUUUUCCGUACGAUCUCCGCCGCGAAGCAUUUGAUCUACAUCUGCGGCUGGUCGGUGUACACGAAGAUCAAAUUGGUGAGGGAUCCGGCCGGAUCUGAGAUAGAUCUGGCUAGAUCUGAGAUAGAUCUCGGCGAAUUGCUGAUUAAGAAGGCGAAUCAAGGAGUUAGGGUUUUGAUGCUGGUUUGGGAUGAGAGGACUUCUGUGAAGCUGUUGAAGAACGAUGGAUUGCUUGCGACUCACGAUGAAGAUACCGGCAGUUAUUUUCGUAACACAGGUGUGAAUUGCGUGCUCUGCCCGCGCAAUCCCGAUGACGGCCGGAGUUUCGCGCAGGGGGUGGAAAUCGGCACUAUGUUCUCGCACCACCAGAAAUUGCUUGUGGCGGACGCCGCGAUGCCUAACGGAGGCGAUCGGAUUAGGAGGCUGGUGAGCUUCGUCGGCGGAAUUGAUCUCUGCGACGGAAGAUACGAUAAUCAAAAUCACUCUCUGUUCCGAACUCUGAACACGGUCCACGCCGACGACUUCCACCAGGCCAACUGCCGCGGCGCCGACAUCCGGAGGGGAGGGCCGAGGGAGCCAUGGCACGACAUCCACUGCAAGGUGGAGGGCGCCGCCGCGUGGGAUGUGCUCUACAAUUUCGAGCAGAGGUGGCGGAAGCAGGGCGGGAGAGAUCUGCUCCUCCAGCUGCAGGAGCUCCGCGGCGCCUUGGCGCCGCCGUCUCCGGUGAUGCUCCCCGAAGAUCACGACACGUGGAACGUGCAGAUCUUCAGAUCUAUCGACGGAGGCGCGGCGUUCGGUUUCCCGGAGCUGCCGGAGGAGGCUGCGAGAUCCGGUCUGAUCAGCGGCAAGGACAGCAUCAUCGAUCGGAGCAUUCAGGACGCCUACAUCCACGCGAUCCGCCGCGCGAACAAUUUCAUCUACAUCGAGAAUCAGUACUUCCUCGGCAGCUCAUUCUCGUGGCUGGAGACCGAUGAGGUCAAAAUCGAGGAGGUCGGGGCUCUGCAUCUGAUUCCCAAGGAGCUGUCGUUGAAGAUCGCGUGCAAAAUCGCGGAAGGGCAGCCUUUCAAAGUGUACGUGGUGGUGCCGAUGUGGCCGGAGGGGUUUCCAGAGAGCGCGGCGGUGCAGACGAUCCUGAGCUGGCAGAAACGGACGAUGGAGAUGAUGUACACUGACGUGGCGGAGGCACUGAAAGCGAAAGGCGUAACCGCCGCAGAUCUGAGAGACUACUUGACAUUCUUCUGCCUCGGAAACAGAGAGACGAAGAGAGAUGGAGAAUACGAGCCGCCAUUGAAACCGGAGCGCGAUACGGACUACAGCAGAGCUCAGCAGUCGCGACGCGGCAUGAUCUAUGUCCACUCGAAGAUGAUGAUCGUUGAUGAUGAAUACAUAAUAGUUGGAUCGGCCAACAUUAACCAGAGAUCGAUGGAUGGCGCGAGGGACUCAGAGAUCGCGAUGGGGGCGUAUCAGCCGUAUCAUCUAUCAUGCAAGAAGGCAGCGAGGGGCGUUAUCUAUGGCUUUCGAAUGGCACUGUGGUACGAGCACCUUGGCCUGUUGGACGACGCGUUUUGUCAUCCCGAGAGAUUGGAGUGUAUACGGAAGGUGAAUCGUCUAUCGGAGAAGAAUUGGGAUCUUUACACGGCGGAAACUAUGGAAGGGGAUUUGCCGGGACAUCUACUCCCCUAUCCCCUUCUGGUCGAGUCUAGUGGUAGAGUGAGUGAGCUGCCGGGAAAUGAGAAUUUCCCGGAUACGACAGCGCCCGUUGUAGGCAAUGUUGCUCAGUUCUAUCCAUCAAUCCUGACUACUUGAUGUUUCUAGUUUCUUCAAAUAAAUAACUAUGCCAACACAUGUGUUAAUCCAAAUUAUAUGCAUUUGUAUAUGUUAUUUCUGCUCAAGUGAGAAGUUGCAUUGUAACGAUGAAUGUAAAUAUGAAUGAAAACACAACACGUUUAUUAAUGCGUAUCGAAAACGAGAAUUAAUUUGAGAUUUCAUUUGGUAUUACUCCCUCCGUCCUAUAUUAUUUUACUAGUAGUUUGUGUUCAUAGUUUUGUAUAUGUUCAAAAUUAAAUUUGUGAUUAUUAGAAUUUGAUCAAAUUUGAGGGUCCUAUAUUAUUUUACUAGUAGUUUGUGUUCGUAGUUUUGUAUAUGUUCAAAAUUAAAUUUGUGAUUAUUAGAAUUUGAUCAAAUUUGAGGGUACAAUUAAUCAUUUUUUUAUUGUAUGUGGUCCAAUUUUUCUUUAAAUCUUAGUACUAGUAUUUGUUAAAUUAUACUAUAAUCGAUUAUUAAUUAACGAGUAUUAUUAUUUUAUUAGCGUAAUUUUAGGAUUAGUUGUUUUACCUUUCCAUUUCCCUAUUUAUAUGUCGUUCGCUUCACAAAUUCUUCACAGUUCAUCCACCACUAGGUCAAGGCCGCCGCCACCUCCACCACCUCCACGACCGCCGCCAUUUAUACGGCGCCGAGAUCUUUGCCUGUGAUGCUGUUACUCUGUUUCGGUAGAUGCUGAUGCUGACUAUAUAGCCCUUCAUAUGUUUGACGAAAUGCUUCAGAGGGUUUUUAUUGGUUGGAAAGAUCCUUGUUGCUGCAAAUCUGACGUGGAAAUUGUUGGCCGUGGAACUGUGUGAGUCUAAUGAAUAUAAUGGGUUGAUUAAUGGGUUAUGCAAAGCUGUGUCUAGUGUAUACGCGCAGCUGCAAACCCAAUGUUUAUAUUUACGAUACAUUCAUCGUCAACGAAUGAAUGUUGGAAGAUGAGAAUUGGAUAGCUCAUCCGGAUGCCUACGGACAAUGCGAACCAACAAGCAUGAACAGCCUCCACCCAAUGUUGUGACAUAUAAUUCAAUAAUUGAAGGGUUAGGUAUCUUUUAAUUGAUAUGUUAAAGAUGGUGUUUGAUACGGGUGUUUCCCCAACGUCCUCAACAACGAUACCAGUGAGUUCCAUAGCCAGACCAGAACAGAGCGUGGCAGAGGGGGCACAACGGAAGAAGGGACGUAAGGCUCAUACGCAAGUGGAGCCGAGAAGAGAUGGGCGACCGAGACGGCAGCAGAAGAAAUUUCCUAAGAUAUAUAAAUAGGGAUUCUGUGUGUUGAGAGAAUCAAUCAAUAUAUCAGAAAUUUCCUAAUUUUCUUGUGUCUCGUUAGCAGCAGAAGCAAGAAGAAAUUUCCUAAGAUAUAUAAAUAGGGAUACUUUGUGUCUCGUUAGUUUAGUAUUUUGUUAUUUAAAUGAAUAUUUAUAUUUUGGA